GACUGUCGUCGACCAAUGAUCUUAUACGAAAACAGGUUUUAACAAGUCAUAUCCAUAGAAACUGGUAAUUUCUACGUUUUAUUUGUGUCACUUAUAUAUUUAAGUAAAUGGUAUCGUAAAUUUGCUAGAUAGCGGUUGUUAAUUUCGCUGUAAUUGUCUUCAGUCGAGCAAAUGUUAGCUGACUUGGCUCAUAUAUCCAGCUAACGUUAUUUGUACGUUAAAUGAAAUCAUAUUUAACUUCGGGACCUUAUGUAAAUUAUUAUUGGGUAACAUACAUGAACUGUUUAGUCUAGUCACAGCUAGCAGAGUUGUCUCAGCAUGCUAAGUUUUGAAACUCGCCCUGUUGCGGAACAGGGCGCUUUGUUGGCCAAUUAGCUACUUAUCAUUAAAUGUAUGUCUUGUUGAUUUACCUACAUUAUAUUGCCUAUAACUCUAGACUUGCUUUUUCAAAUAGAACAAUAGAAGUUAAUGGGUAAUCGAGCAGGUCUUUCACGCUUAAUUUUAUAUUCAUGUUAUGUUAUGAUGAUGCUGCAUACAGAUCAUAGUGGGGUUAAAGAAAAUGUCUUAUACAGGAGCACAAAGGCAAAACCUUUUACAGUACAUCAAAAAAAGAGGAAAUCAAAUUGGGAAAUGGUUUAUGGGGAAAAAUCUAACUUUAAAACUUGAUGCCUUGAUUUUUGAAGAUGACUUUUUGUGCAACAUCAUAAUAAUUUGCAAAAUUAAAGCUAGACAUGUUUUAAUCGAUGUUUGAUUCAGUAUGUAUUGAUAUAUGACUGUUUCCGGUUCUGAAAAGCUCAAUCUCAGAUUGCCAGAAUGUGUAAUGUUUUUGUGGUCAUGGCAGUUGGAAGUAUUCUCAAAUAAUAUUUUAAUUCCUCACUCAUUUGCCCACUUUGUGAAGUAUGUGGGGAGUGUUUUGUUUUCUUUUUAAAGGUUAUACAGGACUUUCUUCUACAGCCCUGGUGAUAACUGGAUUUGGAUAGAGGCCAACAAAUGGAGAAAUAUCUUCUCUGAAGAUUGGCUCUUUAUCCCCACACUCACUUAAUUUUUUUCCCUUUCACAGUGAAAGAAUUUUUUUUUUCCAAUUUUGAAAAUUAAACUUUUACCUAAUUUUAAAUGUCCUCUCCUGUCAUCAAAUGCCAUGAUGAGUGUGAAGAAAUAGAAGACACCCCUUCCCCCACACACACCCCCCUUCAAGAUUUUCAUUCCCGUUCUUCCUGGCUGUCACCUGAACGUUUAGCCUGAGGAUUUUUGUCACCAAACAAUUGUUUUUAUUGAGGAAUAGAAAAGGACAUUUCACCACCGUUUUACUUGUAACAAAGCAGUCUAAGACAAGCAAGUUUCUCAAUGACGAAAGCCUCUCUCGCCCUGUUCACUCUUAACUCAUCGGUCAAGUGUUCCUUCAGGACCAUUACAGUUUGGAGACAACCAGAAGACGUACACGUUUUGGAGUGGAUAUCUUUACCACUGCAGGAAAACUCCAGAGGGCCUUGUAGCAGCACCUGAAGAUUUCCUUACCAGCCAGAGUAUUUCCUGGCUAUGACCAGCAUGAGCAAUAAGGGAGAUGAUUGCUAUUUCUUUUAUUAUUCGACGUGCACUAAGGGUGAUGCUUGCCCUUUCCGACAUUGUGAGGCUGCCAUGGGUAACGAGACUGUCUGCAGUCUUUGGCAGGAGAACCGUUGCUUUCGCAAUGUUUGUAAAUUCCGUCACAUGGAAAUAAAGAAAAACCGCAAAGAAAUCCCUUGUUACUGGGAAAAUCAGCCAGGUGGAUGCCAAAAGUUUCAUUGUGCUUUUCACCAUGAGAAGCCACGUUUAAUUGAUGGCCUCUUUGUUGCCCCAGACAAAGGUACAGUGGUGAAGAAGGAAAAAGAAGAAGAAACUCCACAGGAAGACCAUGUUUCUUCAGUUUCUGCUAACAUGUCCAACACCACCAACCCACAACUCAGAGGAGUAAUCAAGGUGGAGACUCAAGAGAGUGUCCCUAGUCCUACACACCCACCAGUAGUGAUUAACCCUGUGGAUGAUGAGGACGACGAAGAUGUAGAUCAGUUUUCUGAAGAGGGAGAAGAAGUAUCUGGUGUCUCCCCGAAGAAACUGCUGAGCUCCAGUAAAGAUGAAUCGCUAAAUUUUGGUAUCAAAUCACUGGAGGAAAUCAGGUUGGGGAAGGCUCUGAAGGCUAGUCUAAAUGGACCAGGUCAUCCCUUAUUGCAAGGCCGUGAUAGUUUCACCUCGACAAAACAGAGUAGCAACGGAACUGGCACAGAGAAGGAAAAGUGUGAUCAGUCUAUCACACAGGCAGUCACUACCAGUGAGUCUCCUGCUUUGGAGGAUUCUGGAAAAGGGAAAAUUACUGACAGGCUUGGAAAACAAUUUGAGGAAGACAUGCAUGUUGCUGGAGAUGAGUGGCUAAAAGGGUCCCUUGCUAAGCGCCUUGGUGGAUUUGCUGACUCAACUGAGUAUAAAAUCAAUAUGGCUAUAAAGAAAGUUAAAACUCAGAGACCAGUGCGUGAAAGACUUGGAAUAACCCCUGAUAUCGCUGCACCCAAGUGCCCAAACAGGGAGCCAAAGCCUUCUGGUGAGAUCCACAUCAAAACUCUUGAGGAGAUUCGUCAGGAAAAGGCUGCUAAAUCUCAGACGCAGUGCAAAGGUAUCAGGGGUGUCGCUGAAGUCCCCACAAAAAUGAUAACUUCCACUAAAAAAAUAAAUAAGCCUUUCAUUGGGCCUAGUGUAAAGACUUUCUCAGAGGUCCUGCAUGAGAAGAAGAAAUUCCAGGAGACAAAGGUGAUAUCUCAGCAAAAUAGUAAUAGUACUGAAAAAAAUGAGGACCCUACAAAUACUGGAGUGAUCAAACUGACCGACCAAACAGCAGAGAUCAGAGUAAAGACGCUUGAAGAGAUUCGUAAAGAAAAAGCUGCCAGAAUGCAAGCAAAGACUCAGGACACCACAAAUGAAGAAGUACCUUGUUCUCAUGAACCAGUCCCAAAAAGACGGUUGCUUUGCGUUGCCAAGACCGGGUCUAUCACCAGAUCUCAAAAAGUGCAUGAUUCGGAGAAGAUGGAUUGCAUUGAAGAGUCUACUGUAACCAGUGUAAAGAGUGACUCUUCCAUUCAGGAUAUAACAGUAAAGAGCUUUGAAGAAAUAAUGCGAGAGAAGAAACUUCGAAAGCAGCAGGAGCAUGCUGUAUCUACUGUUGAGCCAGAGAAAGCUGCUGUCUCAGUACUUUGUGAAAAGAAGCCUCCUGCUGUAAUCAGCCCAGGAAUAACCAUCCAAGCAAAUGCCAUUCAACCAGGCAAGAGUCAUCCGGCCUCAUCUGUCUUUUCUGUAGUACCCCAAAGGAAGUCUCCAGAGAGGCAGAACAAGGAAAACGCUCUUACAGUAUGCCCUAAAAAAUCCAAGUCAUUCUCUUCAGUGGCACUUCCGGUACAAGUGUCAGACUUGGCAGAUUCUUUAGGACAAUGUUCACAGGAGCAACAGAGGGAGAACUCUGAAAUAGUCACCAAGAUGCCACCAAACAAAGCUGAUGAAUUGAAAGUGAGGCCCAAACUGAAUGUAAAACCUUCAGUAAUGAAGCCAGCUGCUCAGGUAAAACCUGGCCAGAAAAGGAAAGCUGCAGGCAUCUAUUGCUCUGCUGUUGCUGCAGUGAGACCUCUUAAUGCUGUCCCUACUCCUGAUGAUGGACCACCUUGCAAGCAGACUCAGUCGGCACCAUCCUGCAGUUUGGAAGAUGAAGCCAGGGUUCAGCAGGUGUCAUCUACCGAGCAGUGCCCAUUGAAGCCAAGGACUCCCACCCAAACUCGGCCACGCCGGGCAAGUUUGGUUUCUGCACGUACUAGUGCUCCUUCAGGAAACUCCUCCACAGCAGACGACUUGGAGGACCUGCUGGAUGAAUUUACAGAUGACAGGUUGGAGGAUGAGAUUGAACUGGACCCAGGCAAAGGCGAGGAUGACCUUCUGUUGGAGCUUUCAGAGAUGAUUGACAGCUAAGCUUGAUCUCAAGGAAUACUCAUUCAUGGAACUAUGUCAAGUUAUUUGUCCUUUAAAACACCCUUUACUUAUUGAUCUGAUGCUUUUCAUUGUCUUAAACAAAAAAAAAUCUUUAUUUUUAAAUAUCUUUCAAAUGUUUUUUUUCUUAGUAAAUGUUAGUUUACCAUUUAUUUCUCUUGUCUUUGACUAUUUAAAUGCUGUGCAUAUUCAGUAAAAUUAAUUUCAAUAUUGAUGGAUAUUGUAAAGAUCUCAAAUUCAUUGAACCAUUAAAACAUUAUGUGCAUCUCUUAUGAUCAUACUGUACAUUUAUAGCUUGUUUAUGAAAUCUUUUUUGUUGUAGUACAAAGAACUUACAGCUAAUCAUGUAAUAAUAAGGCAGAAAGUGUUUAUUUGUAUACUGUGUAUGCUUCAGAGAACUAAGAUGAUGGAGGGCCAGGAAGGCAAGUGAUGUCUUAAUCGGUGCUCUCAUUCAUGUAAAUUGUACUGUUUGAUAUUGGAUUUGCUGAAUGUUUAUCGGCUGUGAAUUGAUUAUAUUCUUUUAAUGAACUAGUUGUGUGAUUUUGAAACCGUGUCUAAAAUUUAAGAAUGAAUGGUCAUAGAUUUGUUUUUAGGAUUCUGGCAUUUGUCUGACAUACUAUAUUGUGUUGCAUGUAUUUUACUUUACAUCUGCUUAUGUUUGAACCAUUAUCAAUAUUUCCUGCAAAAACCCAAUGAGAAAUUGUCAGUUAGUUGUCUUACAUGUUUUUACUCUUUGUGUAGGUUCUCAGGGACUGCUUUAGCUUUCCAAAUAUUUUUCCCAUGGUGGAUUUAAGUACCUAUACAGAUAGAGGUUCUAGUUUCUGUACUGUUAGCUGUUACUGCUUGACCUCAAGAUUACUGUUUUAAUUUAGGUUUUUAAAUAGAUAUAUUUGGCAUCUGCAUCAUGGUUGGUUUAACUGCAGCUUUGUGAAAUAAUUUGACAUUAUUUAUGGGCUUUAUUAAAAUAUUUUUUCCAUA